AUGCGUGCACCGGUUAUCUUCGAGAAAUUUGAAGUUCAUGGCGACAUGAACACGAUACCUGAUGAUGUUAUGGAUUCGAUUAAGAAGAAUAGAGUUUGUUUGAAGGGCGAAUUGAUUACGCCGGUGGGCGGAGGGGUUAAUUCGUUGAAUCUUCUGUUGAGGAAAGAACUAGAUUUGUAUAUCUCGCUUGUGAGCUGUUUUAAUUUGCCUGGGUUGCCUUCUAGGCAUGAGAACGUUGAUAUCGUGGUGAUCAGGGAGAACACGGAGGGGGAGUAUUCGGGUUUGGAGCAUGAGGUUGUUCCUGGUGUCGUUGAAAGUCUUAAGGUGAUAACAAAGUUCUGCUCUGAACGCAUAACACAAUAUGCUUUUAAAUAUGCUCAUCUCAACAACAAAAAGAUUGUAAUAGUUGUUCAUAAAGCAAACAUCAUGAAGCUUGCAAAUAGACUUUUCUUGGAAUCUUUUAGGGAGAUUGCUAAAAGAUAUCCCAAUAUCAAAUAUAAUGAAAUCAUUGUUGAUAAUUGUUGCAUACAACUUGUUUCAAAGCCUGAGCAAUUCGAUGUCAUGGUGACUCCUAACCUUUAUGGCAACCUAGUUGCAAACACUGCAGCUGGAAUUGUUGGUGGGACAAUUGUCAUCCCAGGAGGAAAUGUUGGAACUAAGUAUGCAAUCUUUGAGCAAAGUGCAUCAGCUAGGAAUGUUGGGAAUGUUUAA